UGAACUCUCUUCCACGCAGGGCAAAGGUCCACUGUGGCUCCUCCCACUGCCGUCAUUGAUCGUAUCAAAAAUCGCGCCACUCAAGCGUGGCUUUAAAAGUGGAAGGGCAGCCGCAGUCUCGAGCGCUGGGGGGAAAGGUCCUUUGCGUGGAGCUGUCUCCGUUACGCGUGGUGCUGAAGACAGUGCCACUCGCCGCAUCAUGUGGUGCGUCCUCUUCGUCUUUCUGUCUUAUCUGGACAGGAACCUGGUGAAGGGACACUUCGUGGACGCGGAGGUGCAAAGCAGAGACAUGUUGUCCGCUCGCGGCGGCGGCGGCGGCACCUGGUGCGCAAAAGUGCCCGCCGUGGCGCGCGAGAACUCCUUGUACCAGGUGUCAGACGGAGCCGAGGUGGUGUCCUCUGUCCUCAGUCCCUCGGGAGUCUUGGUGGACUGCAGCGUCAGCGUGAACCACACGGAGGUGAAGGCGUUCAUGAACGAGUGCAGGCUGGAGCUGGAGCUGGAGGAGGUGGUGGUGGAGGAGGAGGAGGAGGUGGCGCGUUUUACGCGCAUGAAUGAAGCCAAAAGAAUGUGUCGCGAGCUCCAUGAGAGGAAACAAGAGUCUGGUGAUGAGGACAAGGUUUUAAAAAGAUCCAGGAGAGGCUUCACGUAUCCUGGGACACUUUGGUGUGGAGCUGGGAACAUGGCUGACCACUAUGAGCAGCUGGGAGACUUUGCAGGGACGGACAGCUGCUGUCGGACACACGAUCACUGUCCUCAUGUCAUCCACGCCUUUUCCUCCAAAUACGGCUACGCCAACUUCAAGUGGCACUCCAUCUGUCACUGUGACUGUGACACCGAGUUGAAAUCUUGUCUGAGGAAAGUUAACGACACGUCCUCCAGAGUCGUGGGUCAGGCGUUCUUCAACGUUAUCGGUGUGCCGUGCUUUGAGUUAAUCUAUGAAGAGCAGUGUGCAGAGCGGCACUGGUACGGCCUGUGUAAGCGAUAUGAGAAGCUCCCCAUUGCUGUGAUGAAAGAGCCGGUGCCCUACGACUACGGCGGUAUUGAUGUCAUUGACGAGCUGACAUUGGCUCCUCCCACCAAGAAGAGCAAGGAGGAGGAAGAGGAGAAACCUGAGAGCACAACUCAGUCCACGGUGUCAGGCCACGAAGAGCCUUCGCUCACCAACGUCGUCACGGCGGCCGAGGACUUCAUCAAAGUCCUCGCCACCGUCUCCACCUCCCAAAGCUCCUCCUCCGCCGACUCCGACAAAGGCGAGGCGCAGGGCUCCGAGAAGAAGAAGAAGAAGAAGAACACAGGGGGGAAUAAGAAGAAGAAGCAGAAGAAGAAAACCAAGAAGCAAAAAGGAAAAGGGAGGAAGAGGAAGCAGAAACCUGAGGUGGGCUCUAAAACUGAGGAGGGCGCUGCGGUUUCGCCCACUGGUGGCAAAACAGGGGAAGUGAUCGCUCUGAGUAACUUCAUCAACGAGUCGCACAGACACGACCAGUCGAGUAGAAACGAAAACAGAGUUGCUGACAGUGAAUAUGAGCUCAGAGGAAAAGACGAGCCCUACAAUGAAGUCAUGAAAGAUGAACCAGCCGACGACAAGGAUACCGCUCCCGUUACGUCGCCCGUGAUUGUCCAGACGAAGCCGACUGUGACGGACACUGAUGCGCCGACAGAAGAAACCACACCUUCUACUUCAACAAACAUGGCAAUGGUUCCUCUUAAAGGACAAAUAAAAGAAGGGCCGAGGAAGGGAAGGAGAAAGAAGCACGAGAAAGUUCCGGUUCUUUCUCCUGACGGACUUGUAACGAACACAACAGACAACUCGGGCGGCACGCCUGCCCCCACCGUCGUUACCAUAACGACGACGACACAGCCCGAGCAACAAAGCCUUGAAAAAGGACCCGUCAGUGCUGGAAUCCUGAAAGUCAAAAGGAACAGGUCAAAGGAGAGAGGAGGCAGAGAGGGGAGGAAAAAAAGGAGGAGAGGUGGCACCAUUGUGGCCGCCAGCCCCGAACAUUCCUCUGCGGACGAUCUGAAAGUGAUCCCUCUCCACGGUGCUCCAGACGUCACCCCGGUUUCUCACCGGCUGGACGCUCACGCCACAGCUUUGAACUCUUCCUUUAGUGUUUUGGAAAGGCCAAAAGAGAGAGGAGUCAAACGGAGGAAAACAAAGGUGCCUCCUUCAGAAGAAUCUUACGAUAACAUUGCGCCGUUUAUUGAAACAACUCCCGACUCCAGCGGUGGCCCGAACGUCAACGCAACAUCUGCUGCGAUCAGUCACCUGCCCUUCAUAACAGUUCACCCUACAGUUCAUGUGAAGCGUCACCGGCACACAUUCAGACAGCAGAGGAAGUCGAAAAAGAAAGUGGCCUCAGCGGCGGCGGCCGCUCCCGUCAACAACGGAGCUUCUGUCCUGGCACAAACUGAAUGCACGCCACUGACAUUCACGGACGCGCAAUCCAAAGUCACUGCCGCCGAAGAGCUCGGUCCGCGGAGGUUUGAGACAACGGCCCGCUGGACUACGUCAGCGUCUCCCGACAUGAGCCCGAUUCAGCUUUCCAUCGAGAGGGUGAAGGCACAAUUUAACAGGAAGAAGAGGAGGAAAGCUGCGAUGUUCUUCAGGCAACAGUGAGCCUCGCCCGCAGCUACAGGAAGAGCUCCUGAAUGAGCUAAAUUACACAUUUAAAUAAAUGAAAUAGAGUCUUUGGUUCAGCAUUUCAGUCUCAGACAUUUACGAUUUUUCAAUUGUAUCGUGAAAAUCACUUAAUUCUGUCUAAUAAAAAAUUCCAAGUGAUUGUAAAUAUA